AUGGCCAGCUCGACAACCGAAACGAGCGGCCCACCCGGCCAUAUCCUUUCGACCACCGAUGGCGAGACGGCUUUCUUUCGAUCGAUUAUCAGGUACCGUCCUCGCGGAUCCAGUCGACACUUCUCGAUGGUCGGGAUCUGUAAAGACUUGGAACGAGAGCUGCAGACCGUCAUCCCUUCUGAUGAGAUUUGGAAGGCGUUGAGAACUUGUUACGACCUCGACAUCCUCGCCGAGAUGGAGCCCGAUGAGCCAGAUGAGAUCGAGCGCAGCAAAUCGACCAUCGAACUGUUACGAUCAAAGCAGCAGACCUUCUUCCGAGAGUUCCAGCUACCGAUACACCCCACGAUACCAGCUGAGCAGUCAUUCCAGAGUUUGGUUGAUGAGCGUCGACUCGAAAGUUCGUCGGGGCGGGCGUCGCCAGAGCAGCGUUCGCCGGGCGGGGCAAGCUCUCCGCGUCGACGGACGACAACAAACUCGUUAAAGCUGCACCUCGAUCGCUCCGGCCAGUCCUCCUCCAGGUACCUUAACCCCUCAUCUGCCAAGGCCGGCGCCGAUCAUCGCCCGAGCGAUUCCAACAUCCAAGAAGGCAUGGAGAGUGACUUGACCGAGCAGGAGGAUUACGAAGACGAGGAUGACGACGACGAUGAUGCUAAAGAAAUCGAGGGCAAAGAGGAUGAGGAGGAGGACGAAGAAGAAGAACCGGCACCUGGGCCCAGGGCCAAAAAGCCGAAAACAUCUAACAAAACCGAUUAUCAUCCACCAACGACAUCCAGUAGUCGCUCACGCAACACCGGCAACUCAAACAAAGCUUCGAUAGUCGCAACGACGACGAUAAGUAAUAGUAACACACCUUCCACAAGUAGAUCUCGGACCCGGGGAAGAUGGAAAAGGUGA